UAAUCAAAAAGAGCUCACGAGAAGGUUGUUUUUUUCUAUUCUACCUUUUGUUAUGACCCAACAAUAUUGUAUGACUCCUUCUCAAUUAACAUUUGAUUUUCCACAGUCGACCAAGCAUGUAAGCAAGCUGAAUGUGCUCCAGGAGGCGUUAUAAUUUUGAUCACGGUUGUCCAAAACGAUCCACAAGAGAUCGAUAAGCGCGUUUCUAGCGCUACACACCACCAUGACGAAUAUCUUCGACGCUUUCUCAAAAUCCUUCCUGUAUUUGACGUUAUUGUGCUUGGCUAUCAGUGAGAAUGUUGUCAGUUCAAAACAGAAAAGGGCUUCAAAGUUUGUAUUUAAGGACGGGGAUGUAAUCAUUGGUGGCUUGUCACCGGUCCAUUUUUCGCCUCUUAACAUGGAGGGCCAAGAUCCUGAUGAAUUCACUUGUCAAGGUGAAUUCAAUACAUGUGGUUUUGAAGCUGUAGAGACCAUGCUUUUUACCAUGGAUAUGUUAAAUGAAGGUGCAUUGAAAAACAAAGUCCUCCCAAAUAUAACUGUCGGGAUGGACAUAAAAGAGACGUGUACGAAUGCAGACAAUGCUGUCCGAGAAUCCUUACAAUUUUCUUUCAUUCGAAACGCAAACAUGCAAGGAAAAUGUUCAGCGGAUGAGUCCUCAAAUAGUCGAGAAACUAAAACUGUGGCCGUCGUUGGAGCAGCUUAUAGCGGUGUUUCCAUGGCGGUAACUAACUUAUGCGGGUUGUUCUAUGUACCAUUGGUGAGCUACGGGUCAACAAGCAGGCUUCUUAGUAAUAAAGUUCAGUUUAGAUACUUUUUUAGAACCGUUCCAAGUGACAUGUUGCAAGCUCAAGUCAUGGCGGAUUUGGUUCGUGCGAUGAACUGGAACUACGUGAUUACUUUAGCCUCUGACACAGAAUACGGUAGAUCGGGCAUUGAAGCCUUCAAGCAAGCGGCUCAAAGUUUUGAUGAUUAUGAUAUUUGCAUCCCUGUCGAUGAAACGUUUACAAAACGGUCUGACCAGAAAACGUUUAAAAGGAUUUUCCGACGUAUGAGAGAAACCCCGAAAGCAAAAGUUGUCAUUCUUUUUGCAGAACUGCACGACGCAAAGAUCUUGAUGGACAAGAUCCGUGAACAAGGUAUUAAUGAGAAAUACAUUUGGAUAGGUUCAGACGCCUGGGCUGAUUCGAAACAAGUAUUGAAAGGAAACGAAGAAAUCUUAAAUGGAAUGUUCGCAAUCGUCCCCGAGGUCCGAAAAAUUGGCGAAUUUAUGGAAUACUUUGUCAAUUUUAAUGAAAAAAGACGUAAACGAAAUCCAUGGAUGCACGAAUAUGAAGAUGAGAAAGUUGCAUACGACCCAGCAUUUCAUCGUCAAACGUUCGUUCAUUACCCUAAGGCUCCGUAUGUCAUGGACGCAGUUCUGGCUGUUGCCUACGCUUUACAUAAUUUUCUAGGAUGUGAGCCAUACAAGGACUGCAGCUCAAAAAAGUACAAAAUCUCGUCACCGCAGUUUCAAAAGACUUUUGUUCGAUACCUGGAGAAAGUGCGCUUUCCUGGAAUGUCUCGAGAUACCAUGUAUUUUGACGAAUCAGGGGAUGCUAUUGGUAUAUAUGAUAUAAGGCAUUUGAAACUUGUUGGAGAAAAUUAUGACUUUUUCAAGAUUGGAAGAUGGGGAUCAGGAAACUGUGGACUUAACUCUUCGAAAAGCUGUCUAGAGUUACAAAAACAGAAAACAGAUCAAAGACUAAUGAAUUCAACAUGGGAAGGACUGGUCCCGUUUUCUCGAUGCAGUGCAACAUGUUCGGUUGGUUAUCAUAAAGUCUCGGCAGAACUUGCCCAUGCAAAAUGUUGCUGGACUUGCAGGAAGUGUACGGGAAGGACAGUAUCUAAUACCACGGACAGAGAAUUCUGCUUUAAGUGUCCUAAUGGAUAUUGGUCAAAUUCUGACAACUCCAAAUGUGAAGCAAUAAAACCAAAUAUUCUUCACUGGCUUCAUCCGGCCGGUCUGGUUUUAUGCAUAAGUAUGGGAUUAGGAAGUGUAGCGGUAAUUUUCGCUUUCAUCGUCUUCGUCAUAUAUCGAGAAACCCCAGUAGUCAAAGCUUCAAGUCGAGAGCUAUGUUACGUUCUGCUAUUUGGGAUUGGCUGGUGCUUUGUUAUCCCUGUGUUUUAUUUGCUGGAGCCAACGGAUAUGAUAUGUCGGAUCAUUCCAUUUGCAACUGGUCUUUGUCCUUCACUGGUUGUGGGAACACUUUUGACAAAGACAAACAGGAUAUCAAGAAUCUUCAACCGUAAACUAAGCAAAGCAGGAGCUCCGGCCUGCCUUUCCAAAAAAUGGCAACUUCUUAUGGUCGCCUGCAUAACUCUUGUCGAAAUGUUCAUCUGUUCUCUGUGUACCUAUUUCAGUGACAUUGGGAGAAAUGUUGUCACAUUUGACAACAAAAAUGAACUGAUAAUCGAAUGCAGGUCGCUUCCUGACAUUUGGGUUGCCAUUUGGUGGGCAUACAUCGUCGGUCUCGUGGUAACCUGCACCUAUCAAGUCUUUUUGACUCGUAAGCUGCCAGAAAACUACAACGAGUCAAAGUUCAUCAGCUUUGCCAUGUUGACCACCUGUAUCGUGGUCAUUAUGUAUAUACCUACCUAUAAUGGGACUAGUGGUAUUUACCGGACAGUGGUUACGUGUUCUGUGUUCGUUAUCGGGGGAUCGACGGCAUAUGGAUGUAUAUUCGUGCCCAAGUUAUACAUCAUCCUUUGGCGACCGGAAAAGAAUGUACCAAUGCAACCAAGAACUCAGUCCAUUCGCUUGGGAACUAUUAGUCCUUCAUCGUCGUUCAUUCGGCGACUGAGUAUUGAUCAGAAUGCUGCUCAACAUGAAAUGGCACCGUCCUUUCAUAAGCACCGUAGCAGUUUGCCCUUUGUUGAUGCAGAGACGCAAAAAGAAAUGGCAGAAAUACGUAAACAUGUCGCGAGCAGGUCAAAAUCGAUAAGUGUCGAUAUUCUAAACUUAGGUAGAUCGAACAACGAGUUCUUCUCAGAGACUGUCGUGCCAAAAGAAAAGCGAGGAAGACCUGCCAGGAAAUUAAUCCCCUUGGUGAGCUAUAGUUCUAACAUUGACAAAAUAGAAGAGGGCAUUGAACAAAACAUGAAGUCCGACAACGAGAAUGUAGGCAGAGAUGAGACGAACUACACUGACUCCUUGCCAAUAGUACAAAUCUGCAGGUACCAAGGAGAUUAUAUUGAGCUUCCAACAUCAGAAUUGGAGGACUCAGACCAAAUGCUCAAAAGUGAGAGCGAAAUCAAUGACAGCGAACCAAAUUACAGUGAUCAAGAAUGGGAUCAUGCUAUGCCAAAGAACAUAGAAGUUCCAGACCUAUCCGAGUCUUCUUGCUUCAUUAAAAGGAGUUCUACCACUUGUACUUCUAAAACAGAAUCAGAGGCAUCCUCCGAUGACAUAUCUAGAGAAGACGCAUCUGCUCUUUAUGCUGCCCAAGAUAACACGUAUGAAAAUAGCUUCAGCCAAGAUCACAGUAAGGUUAACAAUACUUUGGAAUGUAUCUGCGCGAACGGGGAUGAUCUUGAAGAUGCGACUUUCAACUUGUUUGAAACGCAUAACAAACAAAGCACCCAUGCCGAUGAAAAAAAUAGUAAUAACAAAGUUCCCGACAAAAAUAUAGGGCAAAGAGAAAGAAAUUUUUCGCAACACAAAGCCAAAAAGCCCAAUAAAAACAAUCCACCAGUUCCAAAGCAAGAUUGUGAUGUUAAGAAGUCUGAAAGAGCCGAUUCCAAUUGCAACCACGUUAGCAAUAAACGGCCACCCUCAGAUGGCCUUAUCAUCACAAAACGGAUUGGAAAUUUCGACUUCCACAGUCAUAGCCUGUCGAAGAGCGUGUCAUAUCCAGCGAACGAGUUUCUGGGCACGUCGAAAAGUCGAAAUCGCCGCAAAAACGGCAUUAGUAUGCACUCCCUGAAUGCCCCAACAAUGUGCAGCAAUGGAGGCAGAUUGCAGAAGGUUGAGGAACAGAAACAAAAUGGCUACUGAAAAACUGAAAAGUUCAAGGAACAUGUCCAAGUAUAUCGAAUGGUUAAGAAGCGAAACGGGAACAGGAAAAGUAAAAAAAAACCGACUGCCUUUCUCAAAUUCUAAUAAAUAUU